GUAUCUGUCUGGAUCGACAUAAUUUCUGAUAUCGGGGACGCCUUUCGUCAUUGUUCUUGUGCUGUGCCUUCCGGUUGCGGGCGAUUUCCCGAAUCCUCGGUUGGGCGCGGUUAACUUCGGGCUUCAGCUCGACCUGUAUACUCCGCCAUCCUGGGUCUUAGUUUCGGCUCGGAGAUCAUUUGUGGGUUAUUUUUAGGGUCGGAGACGGAGUUGAGUUGUAUAGUGCGGGGUUGCAAAAAGAUGUUGGCUCAGAUUGGUUGGGAUGUGGUGUCGGUUGGGUGUAUAGGGUGGGGGGUUGGAGUGUUGGUGUUGGGGUUGUCUCUUGUCUAUGCCGUUUACAACCGCUUCUUCCAUCCUCUUCGUCGGAUUCCAGGGCCGUUCCUCGCGUCGCUUACCCCCUGGGUACAACUCUAUCAUGGCCUCCAAGGAGACCGACACCUGUGGCUUCAUGCUCUUCAUGAACAAUAUGGCUCUCACGUUCGUGUCGCCCCUAAUUUUGUUUCGGUGAACACUGCCGAAGGCCUGCACGACAUCUACGGCCACGGCAAACGGUUCAAGAAAGCCGAUUUCUACAAUGCCUUUCCCGCCAUCAAGGGUGUGUACAACACCCACAACGCCAUCGACAAGGUCAUGCACGGCCGGAAGCGCCGGGUCCUGAGCCAGGCCUUCUCUGACCAUGCCCUCCAGAGCAUGGAGGACGUGAUGCUGCUGCACGUCCGCCAGCUGUGCACCGGCCUCGCUAAUGCCCAAAAGACUGGCCAGGUGCAGGACAUGGGCCGGUGGUUCAGCUACCUCACCUAUGACGUGAUGGGGGAGCUGUGCUUCGGGAAGAGUUUCGACAUGUUGAUUGAGAGUAGUCGUCGGCGACUGAUUGAGCUGGUUGACCGGGCUGCGAACCGGCAUUACGUGUGCGGGCUCUGGAUGCCCCUGGACCGAUGGCACCUGGACCAGAUCUUCAUCCACCGACUCACCAAUGAUCGCUGGAACUUCAUCAUGAACUCGCGCGUCGAGGCGAACAAACGCGCCCAGGAGCGUACACAGGCCGGCCACGACGCCAAAAAGGACUUCUUCUACUACCUGCUGAACGCGCGGGAUCCCGAAACGGGCCAGGGCCUGACGACGCCGGAGCUCUGGGGCGAGGCCAACGUGCUGAUGAUCGCGGGGAGUGAUACGACGUCGACGACGCUGGCCGCGGCGAUCUUCUAUCUGGUGCGGACGCCACACGCGAUGGCGAAGCUGAAGAAGGAGAUCCGGGAGAAUUUCGCGUCAGUAGAGGACAUCGUGACGGGCAGUAAGCUGAACGAGAUGGUGUAUCUGAAGGCGUGUCUGGAUGAGGCGCUCCGCCUGGCGCCGGCAGUGCCCGGGGCGCCUCCGCGCGAGGUGAUGACGGGCGGAGCGAUGGUGGACGGGGUGUUCCUGCCCGCGGGGACGGAUUGUGGGACGCCGACGUACUCGAUCCACCGGCAGGCGAAGUACUAUCGGCAGCCCGGGGCGUAUGUGCCGGAACGGUGGAUCGAGGGGGCGAUCUGUCAGACGAACCUGGAGACGUGGCAGACCACGCGCGAGGACGUGGAGGUGGCGCGGAGGGCAUUCUGUCCGUUUAGCAUUGGGCCGCGGGGCUGUAUUGGCAAAAGCAUGGCGUUUAUGGAGAUGCGACUGACGCUGGGGCGGGUGCUGUUCCGGUUUGAUCUGGAGUUGGCCGAUCGCCGGGGAGAGGAUGAAGAGGGGCAUUUUGCCCUGGUUGACCAUUUCACCAGUGCAAAGGAGGGGCCGGAUGUGCUGGUGCGGGCUUGAUUACUAUCACUAUUACAAUGCAGUGUCGACUC